CCUUAAAACUCAUCACAUUUACACAGACGUCUCACAAUGGCAGGCACCAAACUCGCAGCUCUUGGGUUUUUUGUUAUUUUGAGCACUGGAUUAGCCCGUGCUGCAAGAGUGGCCAGAUACUCUAGUGCAGCAGAGACCAGCAUGGGAGGGGAGGGAGGAGGCGGUGGGUAUGUGAGUGGCGGCGGCUCAGGGUCAGGGAACGGUGUUGGGUCCGCCGAGAGUGGAGGUGGGGGAGUCCGUGCAAGCAUAGUUGGCGGUGGAGAAGGAGGCGGCAGCAGCCAAUAUGGUGGUUCGGGAUACGGUGAAGGAUCUGGCUCCGGCAUGAGCUCCGGUGCGUAUAAUAAACAGUCUCAUUAUGGUUCUGGUGGAUAUUCUAGCACGGCCGCAAAUGGCGGUGGUGGCGGUGGGGGACAAGCCGGAGAUCGCGAUGGAUCAAGCGGUCAUGGUGCCAGCAGUGGCAUUGGCUCUGGCUCUGGUAAGGCGCAAGGAGUUUUUAGAGGACCUAGUUAUGUAAAUGCUAAAUCCGAUGGAAAUGGUGGCGGCAAAGGCAACGCUCAAAAUGGCGGGAGCGGUGGUGGUCAAGGUGGUGGAUCUGGGAGUAGUGACGCACACCCUUAACUUUUUUAUAACUAGAAGAUGGUUUGCAGCCUCUAAUGUUUCAUGUCAGCAUCAUCAUUAUUUAUUCCCUUUUAUUAUCCUCUUGUUUCAUGUAUUAAGGGGGCUGAAUAAAGGCACAUUGGUUGGAUACAAAAUGUACUAGAUAGUGCAU